AUGCCGGCAAACUGCACAAUUAUGGCAGAUAUUGGCCAUUCUUAUAUUCUUAAAUUUUCACUUUCUAUUAAUUUGUUAAUCGCAAUUAUUGCAAUUCCCGUACUUGCAACAGCUGGAUUAUAUUUGAGAAAAAAACAACUUUUUCAUGUGAACACUCGACUUCAAAUUCAAUUGCAAAUUCUUGCUCUGAUUAUGCAUUGCGUUGGAAGGUUAAAAUGAUUGUUAAUGAAUUAUAAAAUAAAUUUUCAAUGUUAAAUUCCAGAUUGGGGCUUCACAUUUUCGAUCUCAUAAAUUAUUUCAGUGAUUUCAAAGAUGGUUGUGAAAUUCUCCCGGAUUUUUAUAGAUGUUUAUAUGCUCGUGGAUUAUAUAAUGUUGGAAUGACAAUUACACAAAUGUGCUCAAUUGCACUAGUUUUUGAAAGAUCUGUUGCUUUAUUGUAUAGCAAAAAUUAUGAAAAUUUUUCGAGUUUAUUUGGUUUCUUCCUAGCCUUUUUUCAACUUGUUCUUUCAUUUUGUUUUCUCUUCAAUUUAUACAAAUAUGCACCAUUUGAACCAAGUCAAACUGUCGUUCUCUAUUAUUGUCAGGUGAAAAAUUCUUUAAAUUUCAGUUUUUAAAUUAUAUUUUAAAGACCCUUGCAUCUGGAACUGGUUCAGUUUGGACAAUCAACGCUCCUUUAUAUGCAGUCAUGAUUGCUCAAGUUUUGUGUCGAGUAAUUUUUGAAAUCCUCGAUUCUAUUAAUUUUGUAUGUUGUUUGGAUUCCAAAAUAAGUUGCUCAUUUAUUUAUUUUCAGAAAAUGCGGCAAGCUCAUCAGAAUCAAACAUUGAGUACGCGAUACAAUUUGGAGCAAGGGCAAAGGUGGGAUUUUAAAUUACUAGUGAAGACAUAUUUUUGUGAACCAAAAAAAUGUUCUGCUCUGAUUCAAAACGAAAAUUUUUGCAAUUAAAAGUUUUAUGACAAAGCACACGUAGUAGUCAGAAAAAUUCCAAAAAUAAUGACAUGAAACCACGAGGCAAUUUGCACAAAUCUUAUUAUUUGUAAUUAUAUUUUUGUUAACAAAACUUGCACGCUUUUUUUUUCGAUUUCUGGUUUUUUUUCCAGGUCUAUAACAACUCUCAAAAUUUUUGUGAAUGUUAACACAUUUUUCUAUGCAUUUUUAUCAAUUGUUGGAACAUCUUUACAUUUCAACGCAGCUUCUUUCACCAAAGCUCAUUAUUUUGCUAUAGUUGAAAGUGAGAUUUCUUUUUUUUUUCAAAUUUAAAUUCCAAAAAAAAACAUUUUUUAGUGAUUCAUUUUCUUCCAACUUAUGGUAUCCUACUUUCAAUUUACAUCUAUUGGACUUUAAGAAAAUUAGACAAAAGUUUGAAAUCUUCUCUGACAAAAAGUAUAAAAACCAAUCCAAAUAUGUAUUUUGAACAAUUCAAUAUGCAAGUCUUAUAA